UGCCUUUUUAGAUAUCUCUGCAACAAUCAUUUUUACCUUCACCACUAAAUCAAUCACAGAUACGGAAAAACCACAUUCUUCUUGAGCUCCCAAUACCCAAUACUUGUGCCCACCCCCAUUUGGCUCUUUUUCGUUAUCUUCUUCUUCCUUUCUGUGCCUCCUUUUCAAGAUUCGUUCAUGGGGAGGAUUUUGAGAUUCUGGGCUUUGAGCUGUGCUCUGCUCUUUUUCGGAAAUUGCGGUGCUAGAGAUUUCACACCAUUUGGUACCAACAGCAGGAAUGAGUCGACGACGUUGUUGGAGACGAUAAUGUCCUCGUCAGUAAAUCAUCGAGUGUCUGCCCCUCCCGACGCUCUAAUGGUGGGCCUUACACUUAUCCAAGGAGCUGCUCCUAAGAGGGCUGUAUGUCUGGAUGGAACUUUACCGGGCUAUCAUUUGCAUCGCGGGUUCGGGAUGGGAGCCGACAGCUGGCUCGUCCAUUUAGAGGGUGGGGGGUGGUGCAACAAUAUCAGGUCAUGUGUGUACCGUAAGACGACUCACCGCGGGUCGUCGAAUUAUUUUGAAAAACUAAUUCCAUUUACCGGGGUGCUUAGCAACAAGGCAGAGGAGAAUCCAGAUUUCUUUAACUGGAAUAGAGUGAAGAUUCGAUAUUGUGACGGGGCUUCCUUUGCCGGGGACAGUGAAGAUAAGGCUACAGGGUUGCAGUUUAGAGGACAACGGAUAUGGCUUGCGGCAAUGGAAGAUCUGAUGUCUAAAGGAAUGCGCAACGCCAACCAAGCGCUUCUUUCGGGCUGCUCCGCCGGUGGAUUGGCUACGAUAUUGCAUUGCGAUGAAUUCAAAAGUUUGUUUCCUCAAAGCACCAAAGUAAAGUGCAUGAGCGACGCGGGAUUGUUUAUGGACGCCGCCGAUGUAUCAGGCGGACAUACACUCCGAGGUUUCUUUGAGGGCGUCGUGAGCUUGCAGGGUGUCGGGAGAAACCUGCCUAGUGGUUGCACUGACCAUCUCGACCCGACUUCUUGCUUCUUCCCGCAGAACUUAAUUUCCAAUGUCCGAACUCCGCUCUUUAUUCUCAACGCUGCUUACGACUCGUGGCAGGUUCAAGCGAGUUUGGCUCCUCCGACAGCCGAUCCUCACGGAAACUGGCACAAUUGCAAGCAAAACAAUGAACUAUGUUCCGAAUCACAGAUACAUUUUUUGCAAGGUUUUAGAAAUGACAUGCUGAGUGCGGUGAAAGGCUUUGCAGGCUCGAGGCUAAACGGGAUGUUUAUUAAUUCUUGUUUUUCUCAUUGCCAGUCGGAGAGGCAGGACACUUGGUUCGCCGACGAUUCCCCCCUUCUUAACAAUAUGCCGGUCGCGAUUGCCGUGGGAAACUGGUUCUUCGAUCGACAAAGUGUCAAGGAAAUUGACUGCGCGUAUCCGUGCGAUCGGACAUGUCACAACCUGGUAUUCAAAUGAAUCCGUUGGAUGGAUGUGUGAGACUCGAUGGAUCGAAUUAUAUACGUAUAUGAAUAUGUAUAUGAUUUAGUAUUCUUGCCGCGAUAAUUGAUUAAUGGUGGUGUUGUUAGUUAAUGUGUUGUAUUUUGAACGGCAAUGAAAUCCCAAUUGCCGAUUCAUGAUUCUUUGUGUAAUUGUUGUGGAAAACUCCUUCAAAUGAAAAUUAUUUGAACAA